UGUCACCGUACACGACAACACUUGGCACAGACUUGACCUGCUAUGGAGGAAUACUACCCUGGAGCUCAUAUCGGACAUGUGUUCGCGGCCUUCGCAGCUUUUCUCCCAUUCCAGCGACCGCCCCGAUUUUUCAACCAAAUUUCCAGACAGCGCCGAAUUUUUGGAAUCCAACUCAAAAAGUGCAAGAGUAUCAAAUUGCCGAAUAGCUCUCAGGCUACCUCAAGCACCGUCCAGUUUUGGGUGGGGCGGUCCACUGGAACUGGGUGGUCGGGCCCAUGGAGCUUCUGGACAUCGCAAUGAGGCGCCCACGGUGCCUUCAUUCUCCGGCUGUAUUGCCAAAGUCCAUAUCAACGGCCAGCUACAAGACCUGGGCCCAGCGCUGCUCAGUAGCGGCAGUGCGGCGGGUUGUCGCUCCCUGGCCUGCCUGCGCCCCCACAACACGUGCCCCCUCCACGCCAGGUUACACAGGACACGAGUGCACACAGCGGUCCGUGCCUGUAUACUUCCGUGCCAACAGCUUCAUGCAGUUCGCAUUAUCCUUCACUCCACCGCCUCAUACCACCGACCUCUCAGUCAGGUUCAGGACCAGAGAGCCGGCCGGAGAGCUGGUGUCUCUGAGCUCCCGUCACGGCAGAGACUCUCUGAAGCUGCUGCUGGUAGACGGGCGUCCCUGUCUCGAGCUGUCCCUGCACCCAGAGACUCCAGCGCGGCUCUGUCUCGCGUCUCGUCUCAAUGAUGGUCUCUGGCACC